UUGCAGCGGGAAGCUAGUAGUUGUUUACAAAGAAAGUGAACUGUUCAAAUCUGAAAGAGAGUAAUCAAGCAAGUAUAUUGAAGAUGUCGAUGAUUCCAUAUUUCUACGACCUUGAAAGACCAUUCCGUAUGAUGGAGAGGGAUUUCUACAGGCCUGACAAUUUCUUCGGCUAUUCUCCGUUCAACCAGUUGAUGCCACGGGACUUCUUCAGCCCAUCGUUCUUCAAGCCAUGGGAAAACAUCAUCAGGCCUUUGGAACAACUCGCAUCGUCUAUGAAUCAGCUGGCACUGAACGAAGUGGGCAAAAUAACUUCGGAUGACGAGAAAUUCCAAGUAAAUGUGGACGUUCAACAUUUUGCGCCGGAGGAAAUAAAUGUGAAGGUGGUUGAUGGACACGUUCUGGUUGAAGGGAAGCAUGAAGAGAGGCAGGAUGAGCACGGAUUCGUGUCUCGUCAGUUUGUAAGGCGGUACGCCCUUCCAAAGGGUUGCUUGCCCGACACUGUGGAGUCAAAACUAUCGUCUGAUGGCGUCCUAACCGUUACUGCACCCAAAGUCUUAGCUUUACCUUCCACUGGUGAGAAGAUUGUGCCAAUCACCCACACAGGACCCGUCAAGAAGCAACUAGGAUCUCCGGAUCCUAUUAAAGAGGAGUCGUAAUUAUGUAAAUAGUGUAAAUAAUAAUUGUUAUUAUUUUUCUUGUAAGACUGAUUUGAAAUCUGUGCUAUACUUUUAUGAAUUCGCCUAUUUUUGUUUUUAUUUGAUAAUAAACCAAUGAUUUAUACCUAUUUAAA